AUGGACAAGUAUCUAUCGCAGAGAGAUCAGGCUAUUCACAGCAGCGAGGAGUUAAGCGGCGAUGGUGCUGGCACAGAGAGCGAGUACAACGACAGCAACGACGACAACAAUGCUGAUAGCGACGGCAAUGAUACGCUGACAGACAUAAUGAAGGAUGCGCCAGCUCAAAUCACUGUUCUGCUGGACUUGCUGAGUUUGUUCAUACUUACGAGCUAUGGCAAUGAGGUGUUGUUAGCUGGAUUGGUGCAGUUUCUUGCUGUGCUAGGCAUAGACACCAAGACAAAACGCUUGCGCACUGCAAAGAACUACUUGUAUAUGCUAGCAGGGAUGGUGUAUUGCAUCUGGGUGGUUGGAGUUGAGAAGCUUCUUCCCGCAGCAGGGCGCGAUGAGCAGAUAGAAGAAGCGCGGGACAGGUUCUUGGAAAUGCGCAAGAAGUAUCUGGCCAACGGCUCGUAUAGUCCGACGAGUGAGAUGAUCAGUCUUCUAGCAUAUAGCAAACACGCUGCGCUGAACAAAGGCAAUGCUGGCAACGCGUACUGGUCACUGGACAAGAAGAUCUUCUAUCUCAACGGGCGGCCUAUUGUCAUUGAGCGCUUCCAUCAGAUGGCUCAGAGCAUGCAAGCCGAGGUAGUGGAGCAGUUCUGGCAGCUGUGUUGGGUCAACACGGCUGCCGACCGCUUUAGCAUUGAUCUUGCGCAGAUUUCAGACGACGUCACGUUUACGACACAGGGCAUGUCUUUCGUCAGCAAUCUGGCGAACAGUCUCAAGGAGGGCGGCAUGCAGCUGCAGACGGCGGAUGGUCGGUGGAGAGGCAAGAAGGUGCGGCAGUAUCUGCUGCAGAUCACGACAAUGCGACACCGCAACGGGCUGCUGCAGGACCGCAACAUCUUCAUCGUGGAUGGUGCCGUCAUGACAGUCGUUGUGCCGCGCUUUCUGCCGCCGCACGACUAUGUCUGGAGCAACGGGCAAGGGGCGUGGGGCACAGAUAAACUAACAAAGGUGCUCAAGCGCGAGACAGGCAAGCGACUAGGCGUUCGAUUACACACGCAGGGCUACCGUCACGCAGCUAUAGGUAUUGGCAGGGUCAAAGUGGGGGAGUCGUUUGGUCGGGGUUAUCAAGACGAGGUUGGGGAAGUAGACGAAGCUGAGGUGGAUGAAGAUCAAGAGGAUAUCGUCGAGCUGCAGAACUCGCGGACGACAGCGAUGGGGGUUGGCAACUACAGCGUGCCGAUUGAUAUUGUCAAGCAUCUCAGCGUGCGGUCGAUAGAUGCGUUCCGGGCGCUUAGCACAGCGUGGCACCGCUUCUUGGGCGUAGACGGGCUGGCAGAUGAGCUGGUGGAGCCGAGCAGCAGAAGAAAGAGACGGAUGCGAGAGAGCAUAUCAGGGCUGGUGGGGUUGCCAAGAGAAAAGACCGUCCCAGCAGAGGACCCGCGGGCCGAGACGGUACACAAGGCGCUGCAGCAAGUGCUGGGCAAGCAGGACGUUGGCUUCCGAUCUGCUGAGCAGGAACAGGCGCUGUACGCGGUGCUAGACAAUCAGACGCCGCUCGUCGUAGUGCUUCCGACAGGAGGGGGCAAGAGCUUGCUAUUUACAGUGCUAGCUUGCAUUGAAGAUGAGUGGAAGCGCGGCGACAGCAACCCUAUCCACUAUGAGGUGACGAGAGAGGCCCUAUCCAAUAUGAGGUGA